AUGAAUAUUCUGAACAAAAUUAUCAUCCGUCUUCUUUUAUUGUGUUACACAUUUUCGAUUACUCUUGGCGAUGCACCAAUUAAAGUACACCCAGAUAAUACCGUUACCUUCGAGAAUGUGUAUAUUAUACGAUAUUCUUCAACGUUAACACCAAAAAUUAUAUUAGAUAGAAUUGAAAAUGCUGGAAUUAAUUAUACUCAUCGAUUUAAUUUGGAUUUUAUUGAUAGUGUUUCUAUUAGAUUUAACGAGAAUGAUGAUGUCAUUAAAUGUUCUAAAAUAUAUGGAAUCGAAAAUAUUUGGCCUGUGAGAAAAUUUAAACCAAGGUUAUUCACCGCUCAUAAAAUAAGUGGUGUUGACGUUUUUCGACAAAGAACUGGAUUAGAUGGCACAGGAAUUAAAGUUGGAAUAAUUGAUAAUGGACUUGAUUACACUCAUCCAGCAUUUGGAAAUUGUUUUAAGACACCAGGAUGUAAGACUCAAUUCGGUACUGACUUAAUUGGUGUUGGAGAUUCUGUAAAUCCUGUCCCUGACAACGAUCCUCGUGAAACAUGUGAGGGUCACGGGACACACGUUGCUGGUAUCAUCGCCGCGGAUGAUCACGAACUAGGUUUUACUGGGGUGGCCCCGGGAGUUACGCUCGGAAUUUAUAGAGCUAUUGAUUGUAAUUCUAGUACUGGAGAUGAUAUACUUAUUCAAGGAAUGCAAUUUGCCAGAAAUGAUAAAGUGGAUAUUAUAAAUUUAUCUUUAGGAGGAGAUUUUCGAGGUUGGAACGAUACCCCUCUUGGAAUUGCUGUUAAUAAAUUAUCUAGUGAAGGAUUUGUUGUAGUUGUCGCCGCUUCUAACCUUGGUGAAGAAGGUUUAUUUACAUCAGGUAAUCCUGAUUCCUCAACUAAUAUCAUAUCUGUUGGUGACGUUGACAAUAUUCAAUACCUUUCUUUCGUGUUAAUACCAAGCAAUGAUCCUAAAAAAGAAAUACUUUAUAACACGGAUCGUAUAACUCUAAGAUAUCGUCUUCCUGGUCCUCUCCCAAUUGUUAUUGCAAACACUACAACUAACUUACCCGAAUCUGAUGGUUGUGUAUCUUAUAAUAAUAAAGAUUUUACCAAUAAAAUAGCUUUAAUACGUCGUGGAGGUUGUGGUUUUGGUGUUAAAAUUGGCAAUGCUGUGGCAGCUGGUGCAAUAGGAGUAGUAUUUUAUGAUAGUGAAGUUACCGGAUUUUUACCAGUUAUAUCUUUGAGUAAAACUCCAGACGCGAUUAUUAGUGACGUAGAUGGAGAAUAUUUAAAACGACAAAUUCGAAGGAAUAAGAAUUUAACAGUUUCUUUCCCUGAUAAGAAAGUUACUAUACCCCUUAGUUCCGCCGGUAAACCUUCGAAUGAAUCUUCAUGGGGUCCAACUUUUGAAUUUGAUAUCAAACCUGACCUUUUGGCUCCUGGUGGUCGUAUUUUUAGUACAUACCCGGUAAAUUUGGGUAAAUACGCCACACUUACUGGAACAUCAAUGGCAGCAGCUUAUACAUCUGGAACAAUAGCACUUUAUAUGCAAGCAAAGGGAUUAAAAAAUGGAAAAUUUGAUCCAUUAAAACUUAGAGAUCUUUUAGUAUAUAGUGCUAAACCAAUUUAUAAUACUACAAAAUUUCCAUUCUCGGUCGAUAAACAAGGAGGUGGACUUCUUGAUAUCAAUGAAGCUAUAAAGACGAAAGCGAUUAUUCAUCCAUCAAAAUUAUUACUUAAUGAUUCAGCUCACUUUGUAGGAAAUCAUAAAAUUACCAUAAAAAAUACGGGAAAGAAAACAACUAAAUAUACAUUCGAUCAUAUUCCAACACCUUCAGUAAGAGGAUGGUUUAAUAAUACAUGGGUUGAGACAUCAUCUUUUGUUAUUGAAAAACGUUUUGCUGGAGUAAAAUUUUCAAAAAAUUCCGUCACCGUACGACCCGGAAAAUCAACAUCUAUAAAAAUUAAAUUUACUCAACCAAAAAAUUUGCCAAAUGAUUUUGGUAUUUAUUCAGGAUAUAUUUCAAUAAAAGAUUCGGAACAAGGAAUAAAAUCUACUCUUCCAUACUUAGGAGUUAAAGGUGAUAUACGUAAAAUCCCUAUGUUAUCAAAUAAUCCACCACCGUUCAUUGUUAACUAUUUAACUGGUGAGAUUUUUGAUCAACCAAAUCAAAUAGGCCAGUUCUCAUUUAAUGGUGACGAUUUUCCAGUUUUUCGAUUUUUUUUAAAUUAUGGUGCUAGAUUUCUUGUAAUAGAAUUAUUUAAAAGAGGAGAUUUUACUACAAAUGGAUUUGUAGGAAUUCCAGUACUUCACAAAGAUUUUAGUAACCCUAGUAUUCAGAUCGGACGUAAUGGUCCAUCUAAUGAAAUAACAGAUAAACCUUGGGAUACCCGUAUUGUUUCAGACAUUAAUGGAAAUCAAGUCAUUGUACCGAGUGGACAAUAUCAAGCAUUACUUAGAAUUUUGAAACCUUUUGGCAAUCCAAAAAAUAUGAAUGAUUUCGUAAUUUGGGAAUCUCCUAUUAUAGAAAUAAUAGAUUCACCUAACUCAUCUAACCUACCUAACAAAAACAAAACUACAGUAAAAACAACAAAACAUCCAGGAGCAACAAAAAAUCAGCGGCGGAAUGGAUCGUUGUAG